AACACUUAUUGUUCAUAUAUAUGACUUUUUUUAUAUUUUUUGGUGUGACAGAUAUAUAUAUAUAUACAUAGUGAAGAAGAGAAAAAGAAACGAGUUACAAAUAAUUCGAUGCAAUUAUUACGGAAAAUGAAAAACUGCUUGUAAACUGUGAUAAUGUUUGCUUAAUCAAGUUUAAGACAAAACAACAAAUACUAUUUCUCCAGAUAUAAAUAAGAUUUUUUGUUACAAAUAAUUUCACUUACAAAUGCGCCGUAUAUUUUCCCAUAUCGAAUAGGAAUUGUCCAAAAAAAUCGAAUUGAGACGGAGGAGAGAGAGAUAGAGCACCCUGCUGCACAAUAAAAAAAAAACAUGGAUAUGUUAUAACAACAUUCGUAUAAAUCGAAUAUUUAUAUUGUACAUGGCCUAUGUAUUAUUACAAACUCCAUGUUCAAUGAGUUGACGUGUUAAAAGUGAAAAUUAAAAUCAACAAAAACAAAUUCCCAACAUUUGUACGAUAUCAAAAGAAAAACCCCAACAAAAUUUUAAAACAACCAAUCAGCCCAAGCAAUUUAUCAUCAAAGAUAAAAUGCCCAAUAUGAUACCCCCAUUGGUAUGUAAUACACCACCACCGAUUGAUGACUUAGAGAGUGAUGACGAUUUGAGUGCACCAAACGAUAAUUAUGAUCAUUUUGAUGAUGAGUCACUGCCGUCAUCGCCUCAUCAGCUGAAACAUACAACACUCACAACGGCGGCGACGACGACGACGUCGUCGACCAACAUCACUACCAGAUUGUCCGAUGUGGUUGAUGAUCCGACGAGCAAUAAUAAACCAGUGACAAUUGAUUCACCAUUAAGCAUAGAAUUAGACCUUGAAUCACAGCAUGUGAUUGAUGAUUUAGAUAAUUUCAGUGUCGCACCCGAUGAAGAGCUUCAUUUUGAAAGUGAUAAACUACGAAAUGGCAACGACAGUGCGAUCGGUGAUGUAUAUUCAAAUGGUAAUAGUUCAACGAUAACAAUAUCAAAAGAAUGUGAUGCAAUUGAUAAUAAGCAAAACGAUAUUCAAUCAUCAUUGGAUAAGACAAAUCAGCAAUCGAACCACUCAGACGGUGAAAAAAAUGAAUUCAAUGGCGAUAAUGUAUUAGCAAUCGAUCAACAAGAUAAUUUAUCAAGUUCACCGUCAUGGAAUUUGGAUUCGAUACGACAAACACCCGAACUGCCCGAAUUUACACCGGAAACGGAAUUCGGAUCAUUUUCCAUACACGAUGAAUUUGAUGAUAUUGAAACCAAUCCAAUUGAAUCGAUUACAAAUGAAACAAAUGAAAGCUACGAAGAACGUGCAACAUCACUACCUGACGAAGAAGAACGUGAUAAUGAAGAUGAAAAAGAAGAAAUAACAUCACUACCAGACGAAGAACAAACGCCCACAUCACAAAUUGUCGCCGAUGCCAAUGACUCAGGCUUUCGAAAAGACAAUUCAGUCGAUGAUUUUAAUAAUGAUGAUGAUGAUUUCAGCACAAAUAUUAACGAUUUCAAUGCGGACUUUGGACAAUUUGCUACCUUUGAUGAUGCAAAUAUUGUGCAAGAGAAUUUCACACCAAACGAAAUAACAUCACCAUCCGAUCCUACUAAGAAAUGUGAUGAAAUAGAUAAUUUCACGACCAAUGCAUUCGAUAAUGACAAUGAUGUCAAUGACGAUGACGACGAUGAUGAUGAAUUCGGUGAAUUUAGUGACUUUCAACAAACGCUACCCACUGUGGAAACACAACCAAUUGUUCAAAAAGAUACAAAUGUGCUAUUAGAUAGUGAAAAUAUCAAGCUUAAUCUUAGUUCUAUAUUGACCGCUAUAUUUCCAAUUUCGGAACAGUGUAGUGAUGCAAUUGAUAAUUCAUCGUCAUCGUCGACAUCAAUGGCUGGUUACCAACAUCAAGAUUGCAAUAUUUAUUAUGGUAAAGAGCUGUUUGUUAACAAACUAACCACACAACUAAAAAAUGUAGAUAAUUCAAACGCUUUAGCCCAUCAAUGGGCAAAAUCAACGAGUAAAACCGUAUUGGUGAAAGCCUUAGGAAUUGAUUCACGAAACAUUCUAUACGGAGAGAAAUGGAAUAGUUCAGCGCCAAAAUUUGCAGCCAAUUUGGGAUUAAGUCCAUUGGAACCAAUGAAAGUGACAUCAUCCGGUUCACAUGAAGGUGAUUCAAAAGGAACAAAAUCGAUUUUAGAUGUGCCAGCUGCCCAGUUUGACUGGAAUAGUUCGGGUUUAAUAAAUCCAUUAGACGCAUUACACGCACACACAUUACUAUUGGACCUAGAACAACUAGUGGUGGUGGCAAAUCUAGAUAAAAUAAAUCUUAAUUCCUCCUCCUCUGCAUGUUCCACAACGAACUCGGCACUAAAUUAUUCAUCAACAUCCAAAUCCGUAACAACAACAACAUCAUUAUCCACUUCCACACAACAAAAUAUUUCGGCCAUGACUGAAUUGAAACUGGUCAACAAUACCAUCAACCAUAAUAUCAACAACAACAAUAACAACAAAACACAACGUGCAACAACAUAUCAACAUGAUAUCGCAAAUAUGGUGGCUAUGGACAAUGCAAAAUUAAAUAAAAUCAAUUUCACAAAAUGCACUAACGGACUCAAUCAAUUGCGAUUUGAUACUAAUCACAAACCAAUGGUGACGGGCAUACCACAUCAAAUGAAUAAAUUUGAUUUGUACUUUAGAGCGCAAAAAUCCGUACAUGAAGAAAACAUUUCGUUAGAACAAAAAUCAAUCGAUCAAGGGAAAAUAAGUCAACAGCAAACGCAACCGCAACAGCAGCAGCAGCAGCAGCAGCAGCAGCAACAACAACAAAUAUCGAUUGAAUCAAUUACACCAAAUGGUAUUACAUCAUCUGUAACAGAAGUAGCACCAAUUUCAUUGGCCAUGGAUCCAGUGGCAAAAAGUGAUUUUCACAUAACCGACGAAUGCAAUGAUGGUCGAUUGGAGCCAUCGCCCACAUCAGAUUCAUAUACCGUGCCCGGUAGCAGUGGUACCAUGAAAGAAACACACAUAUUUACACCAAGCAAACCGAAUGGAAGCAACGAUGCGACAUCGUUAUCACCACCACCUCUAUCACCAUCAACUUUGGUCUCAAACGGUGCAUCGAAAUCGAUUCCAUUGGACGACAAUGAACCAUUCGCCAGCGAUAGCAUUGUUAUUAAAGAGAGUGUUGUGAAAAAGGAGUAUCGUGACGUUGAAUAUGAACCGAAUAAAUUAAUUGCAUCGGCCGAUGAUUUUAGCGAUUUUCAAUUCGUUCAACCAACCUUUGGGGCCACAAUAAAUCCAGUCAUUGAACCAUGUACGAGCCAAUCAAAUGUAAAAAUGCAAUCGAAUUCAAUUAAUUCAAAUCUUCCUGGUUUGUCGAUGGCGACAAACAAUGAAAUGGUAUCGAAUGACGGGUACUUGAAUAAAUUGCCAAUAUCAUCUCAAUUGAAUAGUUUUGAUAAUUUUAAGAGUUCAGUGCCGUCGUCAUUGCCAUUGUCAAAUGAACAAACGACUGACAAUGCUUUCACAAAUUUAAAUCCACUGAGUAACGGAAAUCGAACCGAUUUCAAAUUUUAUUCAUUGAAUGAUCAAUUUUCAACGUCUAAUACACACAAAAACAUUCCAUCCGGCAACAUACUUAAUGAUACUAAUAGCUACGGUUGUGCAAUAACAGAUCCAAUGGAAAUAUUUUCUAUUAGUUCUACCGAUGAAAUACAUUCCCUUUCUACAAUAAAUUUAGUACAAAAUGCAUCGUUUAAUUCACUCCAACAACAACAACAACAAACGCAACCAUCAUUGCAGCACCAGAAACAAAAUACCAAUUUUGUUGGAAAUUCGGGUAUUUUAAUGCCACAAACGGCGAUCGCACAAUCAUCGUCAACAAAUAACAAUGCAUUAACAAUCCAAUGGCCCGAACCUGGCAUCAAUUCCGACGAAUUGAAUGAGCUUGAACGACGUUUUUCUACUCAAUCGAUGGAACAGGUAAAGGUCGACAACAUAAAUGAUCAGAAAGACAAUACCGAUACAAGUGCAGAUGAUGAAUGGUCCGAUUUUGUUUCGGUCGUCCAACCUCAAACGCCAAUUACAAAUAUUUUAAAUAAAAAUCUACUAAAGCAACAGCAACAAAGUAAUAACGUUGAAGAAGACGAUUGGUCUGAAUUUGUGUCGUCAACACCGCCAAAUUUACAACGUUCACAAAAUUCAAUUGGAACAAUCGACGCAACGAUGGCAGCCAAUAAUUAUGAAUCAAUGUUUAAAUGGAAUGCACCAUCGUCUUUCCAAUCGGGCGGCAUUAAAACGUUCGGCAACUAUGUACAAUCAAAUGCAAUGCGACAAACAUUGAAUAAUUCAUCGAACAUUGAAUCGAAUACAUUUCAAAUCACGCAACAACAGCAACAAUCGAUCGCACCAAGUAUUAUAUCAUUGCCCGAUUUGUGCUUUGUUGCGCCAAAAAGUCUAAUAAAUAUGCCAAAUAUAUCCAAAGCGAAAAAAUGAUUAUUAUUGAACGAUGCGACGACGAUGAAUACGGCUGUCAGUGGUGGUGGUGGUGAUGAUGAUGAGGAUGGUGGUAACAGCGGCGGCGACGCAAAUUCCGAUGAAUACAUUGCCCAUUUAAAUAUGUGAGCUUCACUUCAUACAAAUACACGCUAUGUAGACUAGAAUUUUAUUUAUUUGCCGCAAAAUGAAUACUUUUGUUUUAAGCAACAACAAAAAAAACCAUUUAUUAAAGAGACAGAACAUUGAACAUUGCUUAUGGGCUCUGGCUUUAUGCGCGCUUCUUUUUUUCAAACAGUGAAAACAAUGUGACAAACAACAUCAACAUAUUAUUCCUAAUUUGCAAAACUUGCGCCGACCAAAAUAUACUAUUAAAUGUUUAUUCUUCGCAAAUGUCACAAAUGUAGUUGAAGGAUUUGCCAAUGGAAAUUCAGUUCAGCCAAAGAUGAACACUCGAAUAAAUAAUUAGUUAAUAUUAGAUGAAAAGUGAAAAGAAUAAAACAAAUCAGAGAGAAAUCAAUUGUAUAAUGUUUAUAAUACUAGAGUGAUUUACAAUUUAGUAAAUUGAACCGCCCUCCCUCGUUCGUUAAAUAGUAUUUGAUAGUGCACCUAUGCAUCAAUUCGUCGUUUCAUUUAUUAUUGUUCUUUUAUUAUUAUUAUUUUGUCAUUCAUCGAUAUAUUAGCCGCGUUUAUAUAGAAUAUAAAACAAUCGAACGAAACCGAUCCAUCCUGUUUAUGUUGUGUAUUUUAUUUGAUAGAAAACACAAUUUUUUGUUUGUUUUUUUGAAAAAAAAAAGACAUCAUUUUUGUUUAUGUUAAUAAUUUUUAUUUCUUAUGGAUAAGAUGAAAUCCAGCCAUUAUUUUAAAAAAAUAAACACGUUGACUUAAGGAAAAAUUA